AUGUCUUGGUUUCAAGAUCUGGCUGGAAAAGCAGAAAACAUUCUCACGAAGAUCGAUCAGAACGCUGCAACAGUGCUACAAACUCGCCCAACAUCUGGUGAUGUGGAAGGUGCCCCAUUACUGGAGGUCAGUGUGAUGACAAACGAAGCCCCUCCGCCACAGCAUGUACCCAAACCGAGGGUGGUUUCGAAAAGCACACUGCUGAGCAAAAAGACACCUAAAGGAAUGGUGCGCUCUGCAUCGAGUGCAUCGUACGAAAAAAGCCUAGAACUCGAGGCUGAAACACAAUCAACAAAAUCCGAAAAACAAAACAUAUCCGGAUCCUCUUCCCGGCGCAGUUCGCUGACCUCGAAGAAGGGAGGAACAGUGAUUGAUAUGAGCGAACUGGUGGCUAACCAUUCCAGCCACGAUGAUCGUGAGCCAAACUUUUCGAUUGAAAAGGAGCUGGCUGCAAUGAAGAUAGUUCUUGCCGAGAUAAAAGCCGAACGUGAUGAAUUAAAAAGUGAGCUUGACACAGCACUAUCGCAACAACUAAGCAAUGGGGAAACGGAAAGCAAGCUUUUGGAGCUAGAGGUGCUGUGCCAGAAUUUAUCCGAAGAAAAAAUGGCUUUAGCCGGAAAGUUGCUCGCCAUUGAAGAGGCAAACAGUAAAUACGUAAAAUCCAUCUCCGAGCUAGAAUCAACGAUUGCAAAGCACAUACAGAGCGAGCAGGAACUGAACGGGAAGUUAGAGACGGCGAAACUGGAAACAGAAAAUGUGCUCGGUGAAUUGCAACAGUAUCGUGUACGUGCACAUGCAACUUUACAAUUGAAAGAGAAAACGAUUGAACAGCUAAAGGAGCAACUGAACGGUAAUCGAGCUGAUGAUGGUACAAGUCCAAACGAUGCUACUAAGCUCACCAGUGCGGAACAGAUACUUCAGAUUGAGCUGGACCAAACGAGGCAAGAGAAGGCGAAUCUUUUGGAGGAACUGAACAUUCUUAACGAACGCAUGAAGCAGCGUGAAGCACAAUGGAUGAGUAACGAAGAAAAAUUGCGGCUUACCGUACACGGACUCGAACAAAAUGGUCAACGUUUUCAGCAGCAAGCUUCGUUCGAGAUGGAUAAAUUUAAAUUGCUAGAAGAGGAUUUUAAAGCACAGCAAAAAGAGCUAGCCUCUGCCCGGGAGGAGCUUAUAAAGCAACGUACCAGCUUAACCUUGCGGCUGCAUGAGAAAGAGUUGGAGAACAACAAGCUUCGUAACAAAAUACACACCCGACCCGUAAGCCCACUAAACGACCAUGAAGAUCGGUUAGCUUCAUUGACACAGUCACUAGUACAAAAGCAAACAGCACUAGAGACGGUAACUGCCGAAAGAAAUGCUCUGCGAAUACAGCUGGAAAAAUUGGAAAACCAGUACAGAAAUACUGCAUCGCAAGUGAGGCAACAGCGUGCGGUUUAUUUAAACAGUAAUGUAACAGAUGAUGCCAAAUCACAGGUUCCGAACUUUAUGCUUGAAACGCCAUUCGACAACAACGUGGCUCGAAGGAUGAAACGGGCAUACUCUUCGCUUGAUUCAAUCGGCAUACGGCUGGGUGUUUUUCUGCGCCGUUACCCGCUGAUACGUAUUCUCGUCAUAGUUUAUGUUGCCGUAUUGCAUCUGUGGGUUAUGUUUGUGCUAUUAUCUUCUACGCCUGCAUAGAACCAACGCUAAU